AUGUCAAAAUUUACUCCCAGGAGCGUAUUCCCAAACUAUAAUAUCCCUUUAUCCAACUUCAAGGGCCACCAUCAAAAAGCUUUGUCAAAAGUGGGACAUCUCGCGCCUCAGUUGGAUCUAAUAUUAGAAGUUCGAGAUUGUCGAGCCCCCUUAGCUACCACGAAUGUGCUAUUUGACAAACUAUUAUCAACUAAACGUAAGCUCAUACUUUACAGUAAAAAGGACUUGUCCAUUUUGAAACCUGAUCUACUUAAGAAAUGGCACAAUUCAAAGAAUGAAGAGUUUAUGUUUAUUGAUUGUCGUCAUCGCGGUGAUUGCAAGCGAAUAAUAAAUAAGAUGACUCAAAUAUAUGAAAGCUUUGAGAAUAAACCUCCAUUAGGGUUGAGGUCCAUGAUUAUCGGAAUGCCAAACGUUGGAAAAUCAACAUUAGUAAAUACCAUGCGUCAAGUUGGCCUAGGGAGAGACAAUAGAGACUCGGUGUCAACAAAGGUUAGAAAAGUCGCCAAAACUGGUGGACAGCCUGGAGUUACAAGAUCAACAAGUGAAAUUAUAAGACUAUCGCGAGAUCCCGAUAUUAUGGUGUAUGAUACCCCUGGCAUUUUUUUACCUACUGUGAAAAGCCCCGAAACAAUGCUAAGUUUAGGCUUGGUUGGUUGUAUCCACGAUUCAUUCAUAGAUCCUGUUGUUUUGGCAGAUUACUUGUUAUUCUUAUUGAACUUACAGGACAGUCUGGGUAAACUUUAUGGAGAUUAUAUGCUGCAUCCAACAAAUGACAUUUACGAAUUGAUGUAUCAUAUUUGCAAACAGAGGAACACAUUGAAGCAAGAUGGGAGUUAUGAUGAAUUGGGAGCCGCAACCCAUUGGAUUAAUCUUUGGAAACAAGGAAAAACAAAAAAGUAUCGUGCAUUGUUUGAUCUAGAGGCGAUCAGAGAAGCAAGCGAACUGAAUAUUAGGGAUAUACUUAACCUGGAAAGAGAAAGGGUAGGGCUAUCAAAAGUACACGAGCGAAUUGUUUGUAGCUUUGGCGAUGACGGCUCCUCGUCAACCACUCAUAGAAAAAGGUCAGCUAAAGAUCGGGAAGCUGACAUGCGAAACAGAUUAUUCAAAUUAUAA